UAGAAAACUCUAUUCAGGAUUCCUUCGCUUCCCGCAACCUCCUUCGUAUUUCUCAAGGUUUCUUCGACGAUUGAUGGCCGAUCGGGGGUGAAGGGGGCUGUGAAUCCUUAAUUUUGGUGCUCAUGGCGGAGGAGAAGAAGCUUUACCCGGUGAUCGACGCAGUGGAGCCUUUGACGGGGUUGACCGGAGAGGUUCAUGAGCGGGAGGAGGAGAAGGAUAGGGUUUCGGUGGUUCAUGAAUUGAUGCGGGAGAAGCCUGAGUAUUCUCCUAGGGUUUCUGACAUGGAUGAGCUCAAGAAUGAUGACAGCUCUCCUCUAGCUGGUGAUGAUUCAGUUGGGACAGAAACUUCUCAAUCUAAUGAACCAGAUACUACCAUGAUUCCAGAUUCUGUUCCUCGGAAAUUUGGCAAAUACUUCUAUUAUGAUUCUCCACUCUAUGAAGAAACUGGUUGUUGGAUACCUGUUUCUGUGCCACCCCUGCCGGAAAGUGAUCAUGAGGACUGGCAAAAGGGGUUCUUCUCAAAUGGUGCAUACUUUCCUGAGGGUGAAAUUGGUUGGGACUACUUUGCCGGAGAGAAUAAGGAGAUGACCAUGUGGGAUGUUGUAUCUGAGAUGCUAAUUAUGGCCCGAGGCAAAGUGAGUGCGCUCACCUCUGGUCGUGUUUGUGGGAUGUCUUGGAUAUCAGCACAAUUUCUGGAUCAAGCUUGGAGUGAAAUGGUUCAUAACUUAAGAGAAACAAACAUUGUAAUCAAUAAGGAAAUUCUUGACGCAGAGCCACCAAAAUGGCUAGCUGAUAGCAGUUCUUCAGCUUGCAUGCUUUGUAAUGUGCGAUUUCAUCCAAUAAUGUGCUCUCGCCAUCAUUGCCGAUUGUGUGGGGGGCUAUUUUGCAGUGAAUGCUCAAAAGGCAGGAGCUUAUUGCCUUCAAAGUUCAGAACUGCUGACCCACAGAGGGUCUGUGAUGUCUGUGGUGUUCGGCUUGAAUCUGUCCAGCCUCUCUUGAGGGAUCAAGUCAGUCAUGCAUCCCAGUUGCCAACACAUGAUUUGACUGAUCUCAGUACAUUGCGGUCGUGGCUUAACUUCCCCUGGGCACAGUCGAUGGAGCAUGAGAUCUAUAAAGCAGCAAAUACAAUACGUGGUUAUAAUAAGGUGGGUUCACUGAGACCAGAAAAGCCCAUUCCCGAUGCUAUCCUUAAACAAGCCAAAGGUCUUGCAAUACUUUCAGUUGUAAAAGUUGGAGUGAUGGUUACUUACAAUAUUGGGACUGGACUGGUGAUUGCUCGUAGGGAGGAUGGUUCCUGGUCUCCACCUUCUGCUAUAUCUUCUUUUGGCAUUGGAUGGGGAGCUCAGGCUGGAGGGGAGUUGACUGACUUCAUAAUUGUGCUAAGAAACAAAGAUGCCAUCAAAACUUUUAGUGGAGAUGCACAUUUGUCUGUUGGUGCUGGAUGUAGUGCGGCCGCUGGAACUAUUGGGCGUGCAGUUGAGGCUGAUUUACGUGCUGGCGAUGGUGGUUAUGCAGCUUGUUACACAUACAGCUGUAGCAAAGGUGCAUUUGUUGGCUGCUCGCUAAAUGGCAGCAUGGUGGCAACCCGAACCUCAGAAAAUUGUCGCUUUUAUGGCGAUUCAUCGAUCAAAGCAUCUGACAUCCUUCUCGGGUCAUUACCAAAGCCACCCGCUGCUGCUACUCUUUAUAAUGCUUUGUCAGAUCUAUACCAAAAGCUGGAAAAAUGAUCAGCCUUAAAUUGAUCAAGAGUACUCAUAUUUUGAUGUUGAAAUCAUUCAUUGUGCCAGUGUAUAGUAAGAAGGGGGUAAUUGAUUGAUUUGAUUGUACAGACAAACAUCCUGGAAAACCAGAUACAUUUGGGUUAUAUGGCACACUGAGAAAUCAGAAGGAAAAUGUGCUCUAACAUUGUAUGAACCACCAUUGUACAUAGAAACCACUCUGCAUUAUUUCUGAUC